AAGGUCCAACAGAUCCUCACUGAAACCUCACUACAACAGACAUGAUGUACCUGGCUUUUCUGCUGACGAUCCCUCUACUGAUGUCACUUCAGACGUCAUGCACCACCACUUCACCGCUUGAUUCUGUAAAGAAGAUUGGGCAGGCAAGUGCUCCAAAGGUUGUCACAGUAAUUGAGUUAAGAAAUAGGGCUCAGUUCAAUGCCAGAAGCUGCAAGGAAGUUAAGGACAGAUAUGGUCAAUCUGAGAACGGUCUGUACUACCUAACCACAGCUACUGGGGUGGUCUACCAGACCUUCUGCGACAUGACCACAGCGGGUGGCGGCUGGACUCUGGUGGCAAGCGUGCAUGAGGACAACAUCUACGGGAAGUGCACGGUGGGCGAUCGUUGGACCAGCCAGCAGGGCAACAACGCCAACUGGCCACAAGGGGAAGGCAACUGGGCCAACAGGAAGACUUUCGGAACAGUGGAGGGAGCCACAGACGACGACUUCAAGAAUCCUGGCUACUACGACAUCGAAGCAGAUGACAUGUCGGUGUGGCACGUUCCCAACAACACUCCGGUCAACCACUGGAAACUGGCCGCCAUCAUGCGCUACCACACUGACAGGCGCUUCCUCCAUCUGUACGGGGGAAACCUGUACCAACUCUUCCACCGCUACCCGGUCGAGUACAACGUUGGGGCACACCUGUCCGACAAUGGACCCUCCAUUCCCAUAGUGUAUGACCUCGGGGACAAAGAGUCUACCAAAAAUUUAUACGGCCCUUACUCUGGAGGGGAGACCGAGGGAGGCUUCAUCAGUUUCAGAGCCAUAAACCAUGAACGGGCGGCCACAGCCAUCUGUUCUGGGGUCAAACCCAAAGGCGGUAAUGUUGAACACUACUGUAUUGGUGGCGGUGGGUUUUUCCCUGAGGCUAACCCUCUUCAGUGUGGGGAUUUCACUGGCUUUGCCUGGAAUGGCUAUGGGACCCAUGUAGGCUUCAGUGCAUCAAAACAGAUGCUUGAGUCAGCUGUGUUACUCUUUUACCGCUAAUGCACCGUGCAUUUACUUUUCUUUGAUUGUUUGAUAGAUUGAUUGAUUUCUGAGUACAGUUUAAAACAAUGAAAAGUACAUUUAAAAGUAAUUUUGGUAAUACCUUUUAUUUUUUUCUCCAUUCUCCAUUUUUUUAUUCCAUUAUCAUAAAGAAACAGUAUAAAGCAAUAACCACUCCAUGCAUCAUACAAAUAUUUGUGUCUUAUACACUCAUUAAAUGCUUCUAGCUGAUAUGGUGACAAAUAUAUAAUGUAAUGUGAGGGUCAUAACUGAAACACUGUAAGGUUACUGUAAACUACUUUAUGACACCUGUUGUGUUGGGGUGAUGGGUGUUGGAAAGUCUGUAUGGAUUGUGUGUGCUUGUUUUAACUCCUGCAAUAAUGUAACAGUAAAGUAGUCUAUAGAUUUGAGAGCAUGAAAUGAGCCUACUGUACUUUUUCAUCAGAAUCUUUUUUUCUUCUUUCUUUGGUGGGUGUGUGUGUGUGUGGGGGGGGGGUUACGAUUAACUUACUCCUCCAUAUGGGUCUAUAUAUUCCUUCAACAACCAACAGAA